AUGUACGAGGCCUCGGCAUCCGUCCCUCUGACCGAUGUCCCGAAUCUGCACUCGCCCAUCACCGAAUUCACGGGCAAGACGGUCGGCACCCGCGUGGGCAUUUCGCCCAUCCUCCGCGCCGGCAUCGGCAUGACUGACGCCCUCAUUGCAACUGGUGGCACGGCCAUUGCCGCCCUCGGCAUGCUGACUGAGUGGGGGCUGAAGCCGGAGCAGAUCAAGAUCGUCGCGAUCCUGGGAAGCAAGAAGGGUAUUGAGAAUGUGCAGGAGGAGUAUCCCGGCGUGGAGGUGAGCUAA